AUGGGAAGAAGGAAGGCUCAGCCGAAAGUAGUCCACGCCAAUCGUCUGUGGCAGUAUCAUGGGCCAGGGCAGUACACCUGGGAAGACUCUGGGGAGCAGUCACCUACCACCGACGAGGACCAGGCCGGAAAUCCUGGAAGAAAUCAGGACCGUACCGAUCCAGGGAACCCGACCAUGGACCAGGAAGAGGAGCACUGUUCCCUCUUAGUGGAAUUGGGCGUGACAGAGGACCAAUCUGAGGAUGUGACUGAGGUUGCUGCGCCAAGGGAGGACUCUGAAGACAUCCCAGUACGUCGGCGGCAGCAGCUGGAGGAUGGUAACCGGAGACCCGGAGAUACAGGACCCGGAGACACAGGACCCGGAGACACAGGACCCGGAGAUACAGGACCCGGAGAUACAAGACCUGGAGAUACAGGACCCGGAGACACAGGACCCGGAGAUACAAAACCUGGAGAUACAAGACCGGAGACACAGGACCCGGAGACACAAGACCUGGAGAUACAGGACCCGGAGACACAGGACCCGGAGAUACAAGACUUGGAGAUACAAGACCCGUUGACACAGGACCCGGAGAUACAAGACCUGGAGAUACAGGACCCGGAGACACAGGACCCGGAGAUACAGGACCCGGAGAUACAAAACCGGAGAUACAGGACCCGGAGAUACAAGACCCGGAACACAGGACGGAGAACACACAGGACCCGGAGACACAGGACCCGGAGACACAGGACCCGGAGACACAGGACCCGGAGAUACAGGACCCGGAACCAGGCUGGAGACCAAGACCGGAGACACAAGACCCGGAGACACAGGACCCGGAGACACAGGACCCGGAGGGAACUGGGACCCAGGACACGGACCCGGAGAUACAAGACCGGAGAUACAGGACCCGGAGACACAGGACCGGAGACACAGGACCCGGAGACACAGGACCCAGAGACACAAGACCUGGAGACACAAGACCGGGAGACACAGGACCCGGAGACACAAGACCAGAGACACAAGACCCGGAGAUACAAGACCGGAGACACAAGACCCGGAGACACAGGACCCGGAGAUACAGGACCCGGAGAUACAAGACCCGGAGAUACAAGACCGAGACACAAGACCCGGAGAUACAAGACCGGAGAUACAAGACCCGGAGAUACAAGACCCGGAGACACAAGACCCAGAACACAGGACCCGGGAUACAACCCGGAGAUACAGGACCCGGAGAUACAAGACCCGGAGAUACAAGACCCGGAGACACAGACCGGAACACAAGACCGGAGACACAAGACCCGGAGAUACAAGACCGGAGAUACAAGACCCGGAGAUACAAGACCGGAGACACAAGACCCGGAGACACAAGACCGAGACACAGGACCCGGGACACAAGACCCGGAGACACAAGACCCGGAGAUACAAGACCCGGAGAUACAAGACCGGAGAUACAAGACCGGAGACACAAGACCCGGAGAUACAAGACCCGGUACAGAGGCAGAAUACAAGACCGGAGACACAAGACCGGAGACACAGGACCCGGAGAUACAAGACCGGAGACACAAGACCGGAGACACAAGACCCGGAGAUACAGGACCCGGAGAUACAAGACCCGGAGACACAAGACCGGAGACACAGGACCCGGGAGACACAAGACCCGGAGACACAGGACCCGGAGACACAAGCCGGAGAUACAAGACCAGGAGAUACAAGACCCGGAGACACAGGACCCGGAGAUACAAGAACCGGAGAUACAAGACCCGGAGACACAAGACCGAGACACAGGACCCGGAGACACAAGACCGGAGACACAGGACCCGGAGACACAAGACCCGGAGACACAAGACCCGAGACCAAGACCCGAGACACACAAGACCCGGAGACACAAGACCGGAGAUACAAGACCCGGAGAUACAAGACCCGGAGAUACAAGACCCGGAGAUACAAGACCGGAGAUACAAGACCCGGAGACACAAGACCCGGAGACACAGGACCCGAGACACAAGACCCGGAGACACAAGACCCGGAGACACAGGACCCGGAGACACAAGACCCGGAGACACAGGACCCGGAGACACAAGACCGGAGAUACAAGACCCGGAGAUACAAGACCCGGAGAUACAAGACCCGGAGAUACAAGACCCGGAGACACAAGACCCGGAGACACAGGACCCGGAGAUACAAGACCCGGAGACACAAGACCCGGAGACACAAGACCGGAGAUACAAGACCCGGAGAUACAAGACCGGGAACACAGGACCCGGAGACACAAGACCAGGAACACAGGACCCGGAGACACAAGACCAGGACACAAGACCCGGGAUACAAGACCGGAGACACAGGACCCGGAGACACAAGACCAGAGACAGACCGGAGACACAAGACCGGAGACACAAGACCCGGAGAUACAAGACCCGGAGAUACAAGACCCGGAGACACAGGACCAGAGACAGGGACCGGAGACACAGGACCCGGAGACACAAGACCCGGAGACACAAGACCCGGAGAUACAAGACCCGGAGAUACAAGACCGGAGAUACAAGCCGGAGACACAAGACCGGAGACACAAGACCCGGGACACAGGCCGGAGACACAAGACCAGGAGACACAAGACCCGGAGAUACAAGACCAGCCAGACCAGGAGACACAGGACCCGGAGACACAAGACCGGAGACACAAGACCCGGAGACACAGGACCCGGAGACACAAGACCCGGAGAUACAAGACCCGGAGACACAAGACCCAGAGACACAAGACCCAGAGACACAAGACCCGGAGAUACAAGACCCGGAGAUACAAGACCCAGAGAUACAAGACCCAGAGACACAAGACCCGGAGAACAAGACCCGGAGAUACAAGACCCAGAGAUACAAGACCCAGAGACACAAGCCCGGAGAUACAAGACCCAGAGAUACAAGACCCGGAGAUACAAGACCCGGAGACACAAGACCGGAGACACAAGACCCAAGACACAAGACCCGGAGAUACAAGACCCGGAGAUACAAGACCCAGAGAUACAAGACCCAGGAACACAAGACCCGGAGACACAAGACCCGGAGACACAAGACUCGGAGACACAAGACCAGAACACAAGACCCGGAGAUACAAGACCCAGAGAUACAAGACCAGAGACACAAGACCGGAGACACAAGACCCGGAGACACAAGACCAGAGACACAGGACCCGGAGACACAAGACCCGGAGACACAAGACCCGGAGACACAAGACUCGGAGACACAAGACCCGGAGACACAAGACCCGAGACACAAGACCGGAGACACAAGACUCGGGACACAAGACCCGGAGACACAAGACCAGACACAAGACCGGAGACACAAGACCCAGAGACACAAGACACGGAGAUACAAGACCGGAGACACAAGACCCGGAGACACAAGACUGAGACUGUAA